GCCCGGAACCGGAUCCUACAAGCGGGAUGAGUAUGGGAUGGAUCGAGUCGGUGGUACGAGCUCGGUAAGCUUCAACAUCUUCAAGCGAUGCACUCAGCCGACUCAGCCUGAGACCCAGGUGUUGGUACUUUUCCUGUCGCUCGGACGUCCAGCUGCCAUGUCCGUUCGGCAAUGUGGGCAACAGCACAACCGCACCUUGGAUGGCAAAGACAUUGCAGUUUUAAAGCGCAAUGCCAAGCAGCUCACAGGAAUGCUGCGUCGCGCCGACCAAUCCUGGCUGGAAGUAUGCUGCUGGGCAGCUGUUCAGCCUCACUUCACAAUGGACUUGAUGUUAGAUUUUGUGGCAGAGGCUUGGGGACAUGUCAGCCCUGGAACGAGCUCCGAGGACCAUAAGGCUACAAUCCUAUUCGCAAAGACGGGGAAGGAUGAGUCCAUGGAGUUCGAGCUCAGGUACGAGACGCGGAAGGUCGAGUGCUGGGACUUCGACAGCGGAGUGAAGCUGGACGAGAGCAUGUGCACUCAGACGAAGCCCAACACCCUGCGCACGAAAUGUGCGGAAACGCCCAAAUGCGGUGUCUGCGAGGACACGGACUGCAACAAGGGCUACGUGGUGAAACAACUUGUGGGCAUGUCCGGAAAAGUGCCAGUUAUGGACCCCACAAUUCUGAGCAUCUUCAGGGCGGUGUGCUGUGGGCCCACCGAGUGGAAGAUGGAGAGUUGGCCCAAGACGCCCAGCUGCUCCAACGAGUGCGGAGAGCCGGAGCAGCUCCUCGGUGCAAUCAAGGAACGACAGCCGGAAGCACCAGACGGAAACAACUUGUGCCACUUCGAUUCAAAUCGCAGCUACGCACCCGCUUUGUCGUGCCCGUGCCUAGCCGAGCCAAUUUUGCUCCAAGCUGUCCUCUGUACAGAUACCACCUGGUGUUCACUCUUCAGCCACUCUUCAGCCAUGCUCUUCGGCUUCUUCCGCGUCUACCUGGCCACUUGUCGCGUCGCGAUCGGCUACUUCCGGGGCUCCUGGGAAGCCCAUGCGCAGGCCAGCAAGGAAGUUCAGGAGGAGUGUGUGCCACUUAAGACGGGGCCCACAGCUGUCCUCAACGUCAUCGCAUACAUGCCCUUCAUGCUCGUGCUGAACCGGCUGGCAGGGUUCUCGCUUGAAUACCAACGUUUCAUCGCCAUCUACUCCUUGGCACCCAUGCUGGUGAUGUGUUUGUGCUACUACUACUACAUCUUCCGGGCAAACAUGUUCCAGUUCGGCGUCAAGGAGGUGGCGGGCUGGAUCAACAACUGGGUCAUGGGCACGGCAGUUGCGAUGGUCUCUUUCACGCAGUUGGCGCUGCGCUACCUGAUCCUUCUCUACCUGGAGCGAUUCCUUCCAAGCUGGAUGCAAGGCUACAUCGAGUUCCCGUUGAGUACAAUCGAGUCCAGUGUGCAAGACACUGUGCUUAUCAUGUACGCAAUGGGGGCGGUGCUGCUUGCAUCGUGUCCAGUUUGGUGCAAAGGCUUCCAGAUAGUGCAUGAUGUGCUCCAGAGGGAGAACCACCUGAGCAAGUCGGAAGCGAUCAUGGAGAUUCUGUACACCACAUCGCAAAAUGCAGUCGUGACACAGCUACAGACGGCCUUGGCUAUUCUGCAGAUGAACUGUGGCUACCCGUACCACUACAUCCACUAUGCCGUGGUGAUGGUCGAGCACAUGUUUUUUCAUCGCAUGGUGGAGUUCAAGUUUGCCUGGCUUCACAAGUUGUACCACGAGGUUCAGCCCCUGUACCGCUUGGCUCACUUGGAACAUCAUAUUUGCAAGGGUACUUAUGCAACCACUCCAGCAGCUGGAAUUUGGGAAGCAUGGCUAGAAGGCGGCACUCUCUUCUUCUGCAACAGCCUCGCCUGCAUUCCUUACCUUCUCUUCCACGCUGCAUAUUCCGGUCCUAACGUGGUAACUCAUACGAUGUGGCCGCACAAGUCGUGCAUACAAUGGCACACGCUUCACCACUUGGUACAUAGUGAUGUCUAUGCCAUCAAUGUUCCCAGCAAGAUGGACAAGCAGUUCUCCAGGGACGUGAAGCAGUAUCAGGAAAGGCUACAGUGCUCCUUCUUUGUGCGCUACGCUGAUGCCUCGGAUGGAAUCGGAUUCUUGGUAGCCUUCGUGUUCGGCAUCCUCCUGAAUUAUGGGUUUGGCGUCGGGAUUUUCCAGGACUCCUCCGGCCACGUCGUGGAGGACGGCCUCUGUGCUGGGAAGAAGCCAGCAAGCAGCAAGGUCGCUUGUGCUGCCACGCCGGUCUGCCCUGAGUGGAUCUACAGCCCCUGGGACAACAAGACAUGGGACUGCUCCGAGCGUGAUUGUGGUCAAGGCCAGUUGACCCAAGAGCGGCCCGUGAACUGCACCAACCCCAAGACGUUGGAAGUUGUCGCAGACGAUCUCUGCAAAGGCCCGAAGCCGGAGACGAGUCGCAUUCUAUGCCCGGCGACCCCGCUCUGUGUCACGACAAGCACAACGAGCACGAGCACAAGCACCACAACUUCAACGACCGUCACUUCAACGACCACAAGCACAGUCACAACCACGACCAGCACCAGCACCACCACCUUGGUCACCUGCGAUGUCGUGAGGUGCCCGGGAGGAAGUGUGCCCAAGCCGCUGGUCAACCGGACCGCUGAGUGUGACGGAGGAGUUUGCAAGGCCGAAGAUUGCUGCGACUUGGCGUCGUGGGUGUACAAGAGCUGGGACGAGACCAAGGAGUGUGGCCACAGUUGUGGCCUGAAAUCAAUCGUGGAGUCCCGGUCAGUGACCUGCCAGGUCAAAGCCACCGGACAGGAAGUGAGUCGGGCCACCUGCCGGGAAGAAGAGCCUGCCUCCAAACGCGUGCUCUGUGAAGCCACGGCAGACUGCGACGGUUGCGGCAGCAUCUGGUGUGGCGGAGAUUCGGUGCCCUUGACUGACCCUCCAAAUUGUGGGAGCUCUUGCACACGAGAGCUUUGCUGCAAGAAGUUCGCUGCAGGCUUUCAGGCUACCGAUGUGCAAGAGAAUGCGUCGGCUGUGCAGAACUCCGUACAGGUGGCAAACCAAGGUUCCUCAGGUGGAUCGGUGAAGUUCGAUGGCGAGGCAGCGACUCCGGCCGAGGGCGGCAAAGCUUACUAUCUGGGUGGCAAAACGGGGCUUCCGCUUGGUGGAACCAAGUCCACAGAAUUUACGGCUGUGAUUUACGUCAAACUCCUCGGGAGCGACAGCUCAGAAGAAGAAACCGUGAUGCUAAAGGAAGGCGGGCCAGGCGACUUCGGCGCAUGGGAGCUCACUGCCACGCCGCUGAAGCAGCUCCGAGUCCGAUCCUUCAAGGAUUCCAAAUCUCAAGCUGCUAUCGGAUGCCUGUGCCUGUCUUCCUAUGCGGAUGAAUGGGCAGCAGUCGCAGUGCGCUAUGAUGGCAAAGGCGAGAAGAUCGAGCUGGUGGUGAAUGGCAAAGUCUGCUGCGAGGCUAUGGCCGUUUCAGAUCCCUCAUGGUCGGAUGUGGCUCUACGCAACAGCAGUGCUCCCGUGCAUGUGGGACUCGUUCCCGGUCACCGGCGGCCUGGCGUGGUCGGAGAGGUCUCCGCAGUCCAGAUCUGGGACGGCGCACUGACUGACGCAGACAUCGAUCACAUCGUGGCUCAGUUCUCCGAGGCUUCAGCGUGGACAGAGCCGCGGGGCCUGUGGUGCAAGCUCAACAUCCUCUCCACCCGGUCAGGCGUGCCGAGCUUAGCAGCCUGCCGGGCUCUUUGCACCGAAGACAAGCGCUGCAAGGCGGUUCAGUAUCGGUCCGACGGGAGCUGCGAUCUGCGCAGCCAGGAGGCUUGCACCCGGGACGAGGGCUGCGCGUGCGAUAAAUACUCCGACAGCCUCGCUUCGAAUCACUGCCCCAGCGGAGACGUGGUGGCGCCGGUCACAGGGCAGCCUGACAAGCUCGCCCACUACCCCACAACCUGCAUGGGUGCCGCAAAGAAGCCCUGGUGGACGCACCCAAAUGCCACAUUGCCAAGCAACUCUGCGGCCACCAGCACCACCACGUUCACCACCACCAGCACCACCACGACGGUGUCGGUCCAUCGUGCAACUUGCGAUGACCUGACUUGCCCCGCAGGCUAUGUGGCCAAGACCGUCGGCAAAGCCGAGCUGUGCAAGGACGCCCGGUGCGAGGUCGACGAGUGCUGCGACACGGCGUCUUGGAUCGCCAUCAGCUGGGACGAGACGAAGGAGUGUGACCCCAGCUGUGGCUUGGACGAGGUCACCGAGACCCGAUCUGUGACCUGCCAGGUGCCUGCUACAGGCAGGGUGGUGGCCGAAGACACCUGCCAGAAGAGCUCCCAGCCGACUUCGACGCGGCUGCUUUGCCCGUUCACUGAGGUCUGUGAGAACUGUGGCGGAGUUCCUGUGGCGAAUCCUCCUAGCUGCGGCGGCUCUUGCACAAGACAGAAGUGCUGCAAGAAGCCCACGACGGGUGUCCAAGCCGUAGAUGUGCUUUCCAACUUCACUUCGGUGCCCAACCAGGGCUCCUCCGGCAAGCCGAUGAAGUUCGACGGCGCUGCCGAGAUUGCAGAGCAGGGGCACGCCUAUCGCCUGAAGAGCAGCUCUGGCUUGUCUCUCGGAUCCCCGGUGUCCACCGAGUUCACCGCACUUGCAUACUUGAAGCUCAUGGGGAGUGACGACGCGGAGGAAGCGACCGUUAUGCUCAAAGAAGGCGGCCCUGACGACCACGGCGCCUGGGAGCUCGUGGCUACCCCGCUUCAGCAGUUCCGCUUGCGAUCCUUCAGGGACCCGAAGUCCCAGACCUUCAUCGGAUGCCUUUGCCUCUCCUCCUAUGCGGAUGAAUGGGCAUCGGUAGCAGUGCGAUACGAUGGCAAGGGUGAGAAGCUGGAUCUUGUCGUCAAUGGAAAAGUCUGCUGCCAGGCAGACAAAAGCACCGAGCCGUCCUGGUCGGAUGCUUCACUUAGGCAGAGUACACCGGUGCAUUUGGGUCUGGUUCCGGGCUCCGUGCGACCCGGAGCUGCUGCGGAGGUCCACGCAGUGCAACUCUGGGAGAGCGCACUGACUGAUCCCGACCUGGACCACCUGGUGGCUCAUUUUUCCCAUGUGAUGGCAUGGUCGAAGGCUGCGGAUUUGCGGUGUGCCUCGGAUAUCAUCUCCAGCGAAAGAG